GCGUUCGGCUCUUUAAAGGAAAAUGAAGUGAGCGAAUGAGGUCUCGCGCUGAAUGUGGAGGAGAGGAGAGUGAACCUGGUCUACAGAGCGAGAAAGACUGAAACCUAUGGCGCAACGUGACUACAACGAAUAAAUGACUGCAGAGAACCUGCAGAUGUGUGUGUGUGAGUGUGUGUGUGUGUGUGUGUGUGAUGCUCCGGCUGUAGCGUUUGAACGUGGAAGCUUGGCGGUCUAGAGGAAGGUUAGGGCAGUCUUGAUGGCAGAGGUGAUGGAGGGAAGUGCAGCAAUGGCUGUCAGUAGUGCCAGCAUGGACUGGCAGAAGAGAUGCAUUGCCCUCGAGAUGCAGCUACUCCGCUUCCGACUGCAGGCAGGGAAAAUCCGUCAGCUGCUGGCUGAAAAGAUGCAAGAACUGGAGCAGAGAGUGACGGAGGCUGACCAGCGGGCUGAGAAUGCAGAGAAACAAGUACAGAUAAUGGAAGAGAAGCUUAAAUCAGUGAAUAUGCAUCCCAGUGAAUCAGAAAGCUCCUUGUACAGGCGAUAUCAAGAACUGACCGGUCAGAUACAGGAGAAAGAUAUGGUAGUAAAGAAACUCGAAGCACAGCUGGAAAAACAGAAUUUGGUUCGAGCACAAGAAGCCAAGAUUAUAGAGGAGAAAGCAGCCAAAAUCAAAGACUGGGUUACAUUUAAGUUACGGGAGAUGGAGAUGGAGAACCAGCAAUUGAAGUUGACUAACUUGAAACAGGCAGAGCAGAUCCUCCUGCUGCAGGACAAACUCCAAACUAUACUGGAGAGGCCCACAUCUCCAUGUUCUCCAAAGCCUCUAGUGGUGGAUGCCCAGCUGGUGUCCUCCAGCCCCCUGCACACUACCAGCUACUUUGGAGCAUGCCUUACACAGGAUGAGAGCUUGAGGCUGACAGGCUCAUGCACGCUUGGGUCUAACACUAUCAGAGACGGGAAAAGGAAGGCACCGGAGGCAUCGGACUGUCAGAAUGCAUCUGAACAAUUGACUCGACAGAAAUUCAGCACAGAUAGAGGAGUCACUGCAACUGGAACAAAGGUAACGGACAGGAGGGAAGGGAUGGAGCCAUCUGCUGUUAUCACACGGGAGCGAGGAGGAGGAGGAGCUUCAGAUAGAGACCACUCCUCUGACGAGCUCAACAGCAAGUUCCGCUUACAGCGCCUUCGCUCCUCUUCAUCUUCAUCUUCCUCUUCCUCAUCAGCCUAUGAGACUUCUGGCCCUCGUAGCUUUGACACACCCACCCCUACUCCUAGGAGUCCUCCUCCAGUGGGGGUUUCUCUAUCUCAAAUAAACCCUGCUCCCUUAGCUCUGCCUUCUGGUACCAGUAUGACUCUACCCAAGGUCCGAACCCCUCUGACGCCUCGUGACAGCAUCCAGCUUCUCAAGAAACACCACAGUCAACCCCAGCCAGGCCUGGAACGCCUCCAUCAUGUUAAUGUCACUAUAGACAUUGGAUCCUCCACAUCCCCGUACCACUGUAGUCUGGCUCUGGGUUCUGCCUCGACACUCGGGGUGGAGGAGACAGACAUUGACGAAGGACCUCUAGAAAGAAUGGAAGGGGUGGUUGAAGGGUCCACAGAAGAAGUAGCACCCCACGAUGGUGUCUCAUUUGUGGGGUUGGCAGAGGAGCUGGACCUGCUGGAUCCGGAAGCUCUGAAACCUCCUACUCCGCCUUUGCACCGCUUUCCUUCCUGGGAGAGUCGUAUCUAUGCAGUUGCAAAGUCUGGUAUGAGAGUUUCAGAAGCCAGCCCUGGAGCCAGAAAUAUGGGGAGAGUGUCCACCUUCCCCCAGUACCCUGCAGCUGGUCCUUUCACACAUCUCAUCUACAAGAAUAUCAGCAUACCGGUCUACUCCACACUGAAAGGGAAAGCCACACAGAUCAGCAGUGCUCCUCUCCCUGAUGAAGAUUCGGGCUCAGAGGAUGACAGCAGCUCGCUGGCCAGCCUGCGCACCUCAACAGUGGGGACAGAUAAGAAGGGCAGUACCCCAGGCAGCCCUCGUGCUGUGAAGAGAGGGGUGUCCAUGUCCUCCAUCAGCUCAGAAAGUGAUUAUGCCAUCCCUCCAGAUGCCUACUCACUGGACAGUGACUACUCUGAGCCAGAGCAGAAAGUACAGCGUACUUCAUCCUACUCCUGCGAGAGUGUGGGACCUGAGACUCUGGAGAAAUCUGGCUACCUGCUGAAGAUGGGAAGCCAGGUGAAGGCAUGGAAAAGGCGCUGGUUCAUCCUGAGGAAUGGAGAGAUCCUGUACUAUAAAUCACCAGUGAGUACAUGGAGUGACGUGAUCCGGAAGCCUCAAGGCCAGAUUGAACUCAACUCUUCAUGUCGGAUAGCCCGUGGAGAGGGAGCACAGACGUUCCAGUUAAUCACAGAGAAGAAGACAUUCUACCUAACCGCAGACUCUCCCAACAUCCUGGAGGAAUGGAUCCGAGUUCUCCAGAACAUUCUUAAAGUCCAGGCCAGUGGACCAUUCUCCACAGAGACACGAGCCAAGCCUACAGUGCGUGGCUGGUUGACUAAGGUCAAGCAUGGUCAUUCAAAGCUUGUGUGGUGCACCCUAAUAGGAAAGAUUUUCUACUACUACCGUAACCAGGAUGACAAGUUCCCAUUAGGUCAGCUCCAUGUGCGAGAGGCACGGGUUGAGGAGGUGGACAGGUCAUGUGAUUCUGAUGAGGACUAUGAAGCAGGAGGACGGGGCUUCCUCUCUUCUCACUGCACAUUAGUGGUCCAUCCCAAAGAGCAAAGCCCCACGUACCUGCUCAUUGGCACCAAGCAAGAAAAGGAUACCUGGCUGUACCAUCUGACUGUGGCAGCAGGAAACUGUGCUAGCCUGAAAGUGGCCACAGAGUAUGAGCAGCUGAUUGGAAAACUGCUGGAUGUGGAUGGAGAUCCAGACUCUCCUCUGUGGAAACAUGAGGUGCUGUGCUUCAGUAAAGAGGGUUUGCGUUCCCCUCUGACCACAUUGCCCUCUGAGGCACUUCAAACAGAGGCUCUCAAGCUCUUUAAGUCGUGUCAGCUGUUUAUCAACGUGCUAGUGGAGGCGCCGUCCAUAGACUAUCACACUUCUCUGGCCCAGAGUGCAUUGCAAGUUUGUCUGACACACCCUGAGCUGCAGAAUGAGAUGUACUGUCAGCUGAUAAAACAGACCAACCGCCGAAUGCCAAACAACUACCCUCUCACACAGUGUUGGCAGCUGUUGUCUGUCUGUGUUGCUCUUUUCCUGCCCCAGCAUCACUUCCUGUGGUAUCUGAGACAGUACCUGCAGAGACACGCUGAUCCAAAGAGUGAGGUAGGAAAGUAUGCAGUUUACUGUCAGCGGUCAGUAGAGAGAGUGUUGCAGAAUGGAGAAAGGGAAGCCAAGCCUUCCCGCAUGGAGAUUGUGUCUAUUCUGUUGAGAAACCCUUACCAUCACUCGCUACCCUUCAGCAUACCUGUCCACUUUAUGAACAACACCUACCAGGUGGUGGGAUUCGACGGCUCCACCACAGUAGAGGAGUUUGUGAACACACUGAACCAGAGGGCAGGCAUGAGGAAGCCCCAGCUUUCCGGUUUCGCCCUCUUCACAGACGACCCCUCAGGAAAAGACCUUGAGCACUGCCUCCAGCCUGCUACCAAGAUUUGCGAUGUGAUCUCAAAGUGGGAACAGGCCCUGAAAGAACUGCAACCAGGAAAGUGUGAAGGGACGCGCAUUGUGCGCUUAACAUACAAAAGCAGGCUGUGUUUCCGAGCACAGGCAAAAGGAGAGACUGAGAGAGAGCGCCUCCUGCUGGCGUAUCAAGUGAAUGAAGAAGUUCACCAAGGCCACUUUCCAGUCAGUAAAGAGCUGGCACUGGAGGUUGCUGCCCUCAUGGCCCAGGUGGAACAUGGAGACUUGGACCGUGCACCAGCGUCUCCUGGCGGCUCUCCACAGCCUAAGAUCCAGCAGAUUCUGCUGCAAGUUCUGGAGCGCUUCUACCCCAGACGGUACAAACAGGACUGCAACAUAGAGCAACUCAGGGAGCUGGCUGAGCGGCUAGCCACUAAGUGGUCUGUCCUGCAGGGGUGCACUGCUGCUGAAUGUGUGAGGAUCUAUUUGACUGUGGCUCGCAAAUGGCCUCUGUUUGGAGCCAAGCUAUUUAGUGCUAAACCACUGCCUCCCUCUGCACUAGAGCAGACACAGGUGUGGCUUGCUGUCAGUGAGGACGGAUUAAGCGUAUUAGAUUACAGCAUGCACCUUCUGGUCACAUAUCCAUUCCAGUCUGUGAUCACCUUUGGGGGGUGCAAAGAGGACUUCAUGGUGGUGGUCAGCCAGACUAAAGACCAGGCUUUGGGCAAGAAAACUGUGGACAAGCUCAUUUUUGCAAUGGCUAAACCAAAGAUCCUGGAGCUGACUUUACUGAUGGCCAGCUACAUCAACUGGACAUCAGGCUUUUCAUCAGCUGGGAGCCAGGCACAGUCAUCCACACUGGGAUCUCGAGACAGGAAGUUGCGGGACAUCGAUAGCAGACAUUUCCCUUCAAUGACAUACACAACCAAAGGUCCCACACUUUUAUGAGCAGCCAUCAUUCCUGAUCAGACACUUCAUACAUGUACACAGGAGAGAAAGCUGAAGGUGAAGUUAUCCAGGUCAUCAUGGGCUAAAUGCAUUAGCCUCAGACACUCUCUCUCAGAGAGAGAGAAGAAAAACCAACAGAAUAUUUUUCUCAUUCGGAACAAUAAUGAAGCACGGUCCUUUUUGGUAUAAGCUACACAUUCCUUGGAUUUCUACUUACUGUGAGCCACUCAGAGAGAGGGAUUUCAGGGUCACACAGACACUUAUCCUCUGCCUUUUCUCUUCCAUACCGCUCCUCUGCUCCCUGCUGCAGUUACAAUGGAAAAGGCAUUUAUCCACUGCUUGAAAAGAGAGAAGUCAAACCACUAACUGAACAAAGACACAGACCAUGACAUAUAAAUUGUUAGUGCAUUUCACAAGGUUUUCCAGUCAGAGUUCUGUCGCAUUUAUUUUAUUCAGUUGACCUAACAUUUUACUAGCUUGCAUCUACUUUGUUUUUUGUUUUUUUUUGGUUGCUUAUCUCUGUGUUAGAUGAGAUUUUGUUUUUAUUCCUGAUGCUGGUACGGACCAUUUCAUCUGCCACUUGUAGUUCUGUUUUCAGGUACAUAUCCUGUUUUUAAUGACUACACUGUUGGGAAAGUGUAGCUUAUGUAAGAGAAUCUGUUUCCUGUCAGAUAUCAUGCUUCUUGGAAUAGUUAAAGCAGUACAGAGAACAUUUAUAUUAUAACUAGUGACAGCAAAGCUUUUAUUGCUAGAUGACCUCAGAUGUUUCAAUACCAUUUCAGGGUAUAAAAGGAUAUUCAGUCAAUUAGCUUAAUAAAUACCAGUGCGGGUAAGUGUUUUUUUUUUUUUUUUUUUUUGGUAAAAUCAGAUUAACAUGUAUAUUAGUUUUAAAGCCCUUUUCUAAUUGUAACUGAAAUGGAACAGACAAAAGCCCUGCAUGCCACUUCAGUUGUUGUUGACUGUUUUAUUAUGGAUUGAGUACCAGAGGCACAGUCCAUGAUGUCUGUUACAUCAGAACCCUGUACUGGAAUAUAUGGGAACUGCCACUCAGGAACAGUACACAUCUAAUUCACAUGACAGAGCUACAAAUCAAACAUGAUAAUACCUGUUUAAACCUGCAAUAGUAACUGUUGACAUGAGCUGAAUAUUCAAGCAUAAAACUAACAAAUGUUUCGAUGUUAGAAAUGUAACAGGACACACUGCACCCCUAAUAUGCAGUAACUUUAGAAUGGGAUGUUGAUCUUCCCUGUGUGCUAAUGUAGAAAUUAAUCUGCAAAAGAGCUAUAAAAAUUAGUGACUUGAAUCGUUCUAUGGAUCAAACCACUGUUUCUAAGUUUUUCUAUUUAUUUUGUUCUCAUAAUGUUGCUACUUUUAGUAAGAAAAACAGCUUGCUUUACUAAAUCAGUUUGCAGGUCAUUGAGUUGUUUUUUAGGCAAGAAGCUAAAGGAUAAUAUUCUUUUAACUGUGUGCAUGACCAGUAGUUGAAAAUGCUGUGAAGGCGUCAAAUCUUCAAUGCAUGGAUGGAAGGUUUUGAAAAUAAAAGGUACAAUGUGUUCUCA